CAAACGAUGGACAAGGAGCUUCGAAACCGCGAUAUCAGAUACUGCGUGAAACGCUCUGUGUUUCAUGAAACAGAACUUGGUGGAUCAACCCCAACUCCCAGUAACGGACGUGCUGUUUUCAAUGCUGCCAAAAAUAAACUAAGAUGUUCAAGAUCUGCUGCCAAGUCACUGUUGCUUAAAUUCAUUCCGAUUCUGCAAUGGCUGCCUCACUAUCCUGUGAAAGAAUGGCUCCUAGGGGACAUUGUGUCUGGUGUCAGCGUGGGGAUCCUCCAGCUUCCACAGGGUUUGGCAUACGCUCUGUUAGCUGGAGUGCCUCCUAUUUUUGGGUUAUAUUCUUCCUUUUUUCCAGUAUUUAUCUAUUCUUUCUUUGGCACGUCCAGACACGUCUCAGUGGGAACCUUUACUGUUAUGUCCAUUAUGGUUGGAAGUGUGGCAGAAUCACUAAUUCCCACUGAAUUUGUACAGGGAAAUGACACAAUAAUUAACAUGGAUGCCAGAGAUGAAGCCAGGGUAGAAGUUGUGGCCGCGUUAACUUUAUUCGUUGGGAUUUUCCAGAUUAUCCUGGGAUUGGUGCAGUUUGGCUUUGUGGUUACUUACCUGUCAGAGCCACUUGUUCGAGGCUACACCACAGCAGCUACUAUCCACGUCACAGUGUCUCAACUGAAACAUUUUUUUGGACUCCCUCUCAGUGAAAGAUCUCAGCCUUUGUCUCUGAUUUACUCCUUGAUCAGUCUGUUUCGCAGGAUUCACAACACAAACAUCAGUACUCUUGUUGUCAGCACCAUUGCCUUGCUGUGCCUCAUUGCAGUGAAGGAAGUGAAUCAGAAAUGGCAAUCCAAGUUGCCCAUGCCCAUACCUAUUGAGCUGGUGGUGCUUCUCAUUUCUACAGGACUAUCAUAUGGAAUAAAUUUGCAUGAACAAUACGGUGUUGGCAUUGUGGGAAAUAUUCCAACUGGGUUGCUAGCUCCGACUGUUCCCAAAACUGAUUUGUUUUUCCAAGUGGUUGGGAAUGCAUUUGCCAUUGCGGUUGUUGGAUAUACUAUCACUAUAUCUCUGGCUAAAAUGUUUGCUAAUAAGCACGGCUAUAAAGUGGACAGCAAUCAGGAGUUCAUAGCACUUGGAUUAAGUAAUCUAACAGGAAGCUUCUUCCACUGCUUUGCAGUCACUUCAUCCUUGUCGAGAAGUCUUGUACAGGAGAGCACAGGAGGCAACACACAGAUCGCUGGAUCCGUAUCCUCUCUGAUCACCCUAGUCAUCAUCUUGAAAGCAGGAGAACUGUUUACCGCACUUCCAAAGGCUAUUCUUUCGGCUAUUGUUAUCGCUAAUUUAAAAGAAAUGUACAAGCAGUUUAUGGAUAUCCCCGCACUAUGGAGAACCAACAAAUAUGAUCUGUUGAUUUGGAUCGUGACCUUCAUUUCUACAAUCUGCCUUAAUCUGGACAUUGGACUUGGAGUCUCCGUGAUCUUUGGCCUUUUAACGAUCACCUUCAGAACUCAACUACCUCAAUACUCAGUUCUUGGACAAGUUUUUGAUACAGAUAUCUACAGGGAUACAUGUCAAAAUACAAUGACCAAAGAAGUUAAUGGCAUUAAGAUUUUCCGUACAAGUUCAGCAAUUUAUUUUGCAAAUGCAGAGCUAUAUGCCCAAACCCUCAAGGCAAAGGUGGGUGUCAAUAUUGACUUAUUGAUUGAGAAGAAGAAGAAAGCAGUAAUGAAAAGAAAAAGGGGCUUGCAAAAGGUCAUCACUCUGGCUCAAAGAAUUCUGUCCAACACAAACAGGGGAAGCGGAUUGGAAUUUCUGGUGAACAAAGAAGCCAUUGUCGGAAGUCUCCAAACCCUGAGUGAGACAAUCCCCAAUCCUCCCACCCUCCAAUCUUUAGGCUUGGAGAGACUCAGUUUCCACUCCCUCAUCUUGGACUUUGCAGCAGUUUGUUUUAUAGACACCGUUGGAAUAAAGAUGUUAAAAAUUAUUUUUGAAGAAUUCAAAGAGAUUGAAGUUGAUGUUUAUCUUGUGAACUGCCCAGGGAGCAUCUUAAGACAGUUACAGAGCAGCGGAUUCUUUAAUGAAACUUUCACUCCAGCUUUAAUCUUUUCUACAAUCCACGAUGCCGUAUCGUAUCUUUCACAGACCCAUGAAUCCUCUUCACUCCAAGAAGUGACAGAAAUUUAGUUGGGUUUGUGUUUGCAGGUGGACAUUACUACUUUAAUAAAUAUUACUGACCAAGCCAGAGCAGGUACUAAGGAAGGGAGAUUAGACACUUGUCUCCUGUGUCACAUUAUUCUGCCCUAUCAACAUGUUUAUGGUCACUAUAUUUUCAUUUUUAUAUUUGAUUAAAAGUAAUUUCCAAGAUGUUGAUAGUGACAUGCCACUAAAAGAUUGUGAAUUGUUGUUGCAGCCAGAAGGAACAUUGACUUCCUACAGUGUCUGGCUGCAGUAUACCCCAUGUAACUAAUAAGGCUGCCAUUAGAAAAUCAUUGGCCAGGCCCGUCCCAACACACACCAGCAGAAUGUGUGCUCACAGCCAUUCACACAGGCAGAUAAUCACAAACACACAGAUGUGUUUUUCCACACUGCCACAAACACACGGCCACAUAUAUACACAAACAGAUAUACAAUGUCACAUACACAUCGACACAAUUCCACAUAUUAUACACAAACAUAUACACAAUAUAAAAAAAAAAUACACACUGACACACACAGCACAAACAGAUAAUGAUAACAUGAUAUAUUAUGUAAUGGGUAUUUUAUAUUCAACUAUGCUCUGUUUUAGCCACCCCCCUCUUUUCCU